UGAACACCAGCAACAGAGCAGGAAGGAAAAAGCAAAUGCUGCAGUGCUGCGAGCCAUGCCUCUUGCUGAACGAGGUAUGUUUGCGCUGCGCUGUAUCUUGAUACAGAGCCAAACAAGGGUUCCAUCAAGAACAGGGAAACAGGACUGACGCAGUAGUUCCGUCGGACAAAAUAGCACGACCGAACACUCUGGACGAUUACAUUGGACAAAAGGAGUUGGUUGGUCCAGGAGGCAUGCUUAGGGCACUUGUGCUUCAGGAUUCUGUCCCAUCCAUCAUUUUAUGGGGGCCUUGCGGAGUCGGCAAGACGACACUGGCCCGUAUUAUUGCACAAACAACAAAAGCGCAGUUCAAGGAGAUGGGGGCAACAACGCAUAACGUCGCAGAUCUCAGGAAAGCAUUCGAGGAUGCCAAGAAUCUAUUCCAGCUUGCAAGACAGCGCACAAUCAUAUUUUUGGACGAGAUCCAUCGAUUUACCAAAGCACAGCAGGAUAUUUUCUUGCCGUUUAUCGAAAAGGGAACUAUCACAUUGAUAGGGGCUACAACUGAGAAUCCUAGCUUCAGGAUCAAUAAUGCGCUGCUGUCCAGAUGUCGAGUGUUGACCCUCGAAAAGUUGUCAAUGGAGGACGGCAUGGAUCGGAUGAUCAGGAGAGCAGCGCGGAUCAAAUGGCGCGACAUAUUGGAGAUGGCGCGAGAGGAAAUGACACCAGUGGAAUUGGACCGCUACUCGACAACGAUAGGCAAGGAUGAAAAGUCGAUUGAUGAUUGGAUUGACGAGACAAUAGAGCCUGAGGCUGUGAAGUGGCUCAUCGAUCUGAGCGACGGAGAUGGACGAUCUGCAAUUAAUACUCUGGAAAUUGCAAUCCAAGCACUUUCCACUUUGAUAUUGUCGGACAACGUAGAGCAGAAUUACAAACAGGAUGUAUCGCCAUCAAAAAGUACCAGCUCACCAGGCGUUCUCGAUAAACUUAUAUCGGUUAAACUUACAGCAGAGGCCGUCAAGAACGCAUUCCAGAAGACGCAUCUUCAAUACGACAGACAAGGAGACGAGCAUUACAAUCUGAUCAGUGCAAUGCACAAGUCGGUCCGUGGGGGAGACGCCGAUGCUGCCUUGUAUUGGUUGGGCCGCAUGCUCGUAGCGGGAGAGGAGCCGCUUUACAUUGCUCGCAGGUUGAUUCGCAUGGCAUCUGAGGAUAUCGGGAUGGCAGACUCCUCUGCCUUGCCAAUGGCCGUUGCCACAUAUCAAGCGUGCCAGAUGAUUGGGAUGCCAGAGUGUGAUGUAAACCUGGCUCAUUGUGUGGCAUACAUGGCUAGGGCCAAGAAGUCCGUUGACGUCUAUAAAGCGUACGGGCUCAUCAAACAAACGGUGUCUGAAGAGUUUGCCUAUCCAGUGCCGAUCCACCUGAGAAACGCACCAACAACCCUGAUGAAGGAUCUUGGAUACGGACAAGAGUACAAGUACAACCCAAGUUAUCCAGAGGGCGCGAAGAUCGACCAGGAGUACCUCCCAAAGGGUCUCAAGAAGCGGAAAUUUUUGGGCGAGUUCCCGGUCAUGAAACUUGGUGAGGAUGGACAGUGGCAUUUGUAGAGGCGCACAAUAUACAUGUACCAUAGUGACUUGAGCUUUAAACAAGUGGUUUUAUUCACUUAGUGUGCCAACAACUUUAUAUGCAUUGCUCAAGUGAGUGGAGUGUUGAUGGUACGACGAUAAAUGAGGUAUCCUGAAGGCCAAGGCAGGUGAA